UGUAAGAAUACACGGACAAGUUAAUGAAGCUGAAUGGAGUUGCAUUUAAAAUGAAUCACUGCACUUCAUGCUCAGAAUUUGACCUGAUUUAGAGAUGAGAGUAAAACUUAGGGGGGGUGGACUGUCCUUGUGUUUGCCUCUCUUAACAGUGUUUUUGCUUUCUGCAGAUGCAUCUGGUUUUGGUCAGUGUCAGACUGAGGACAUUAAAAAGGAUCGUCUUCUGCUCUGAUCCAGCUUGAGUUAAUGCCAGCAUAUAAGCUAUUGAAAGGAUAGAAAAUAGUUUCCACGCAUGAAAAUGUGAAGUAGAAUGCAGACAGUGGAUUUCAACCUGUGGUCCUCAAGACCGCUGUGAGUUUGUGACCUGUUCAUAAAGACUCACAGCAGGUAAGUGAGAAAAGCAAAUCUCUUGCUAAGAUUCAGUUUCAUAAGAGCUUGUACCUCCAUUGAAAAUUUUAGGGGAUGACCGCAUGAAAAAAAAAGUUUGAAAGCACUGCUGCAUACAAAGAAGGCCAGUUGCAGCUGCCAAACAAAUGUUUCUGCUGCUGAAGUAGCUAUGGAUUGAUGCAAACUUUCUUCUCUGCUCUUUUAUAAGACGUGGAUGACUAGGAGCAUGAAACUUAGCUGGGGCCCCUCCUCACACAGAGUUCUUAUGUCUAUGCAGGAUAAAUGAGGAUUGUAGAAAGCUGUGAGUUUGCUUGUUUUGUUCUGUUUAGUCUUCCACAAGAGCCUAUGCCUGUACUCACAGAGCAGGGGAUGGCUGUCUUGAGGUGCCUUUGUGGCCAUCCAAGAUGUACCUCUAGGCAGUGGGGUGUCAUUUCCUGAUGGAGAAGGCAAAGGAGGCUGCCAUGUUGCUGAUCUUCCCUGGUACCUCCCAAGGGAAGGGCAGGCACUUAAGGUGCAGUUCUAGACCUGAAGGUGGCUCCUCCAUUCCGAGCUCCGGCCCCUCACAAACAGAGCGCGGGGCAACGCUGUGCAGUUACCAUGGAGACGCUGCUGGUGCUGGUGGUGCUGCUGGGCCUGGUGGGGUGCUCCACCACCCCUGAUGAUGAGCCUGGGCCACUUCGUGUCACCGGUGUGUGGGUGACAGUGCCACGACAGCUGAGCCCCCGGGCUGAUACCAACCCCCUGACUGUCUCCUACUGGCUGGAGGUGCAGGGGAGGCCACAGGUCCUGCGCCUGCGGCCCAGGAAGGGCCUGGCCUCCCAGCCUUUCACUUUGGUCACCUAUGGCGAGGAUGGGGCACGUCGGGAGGAGCAUGUCUACGUUCAGGACAAUUGCUUCUAUCAAGGUGAGGUGCAGGGAAGUCCCGGCUCCCUGGUGGCCCUCGGCACCUGCGGCAGGGGCCUCCGUGGAGUGCUUUGGAUGGAAGGCAGCACCUACGAGAUCGAGCCCAUCCCUGAUGAUCCAGCCUUUCAGCAUAUGCUCUACCGCAUGGAGGCAGACAGCGACCCUAUGGGCCCCACGUGCGGGCUGACCCCCACAGAGCUGCAGUACCAAAAGACUGUGCUGCCCUGGCUUCAGGCUCCACGAACAGAGGAGAAGUACAUGCUGAAGGACUGGUGGACACAUACCAGGUAUGUGAAGUUAGUAGUGGUCGUGGACAACGUGCGGUUUGUGAGGUCAGACAGGAAUGAAUCCAAAGUCUUGAGGCAAGUCCUCGAAGUUGUCAAUAUUGGAGAUUCUCUGUAUGACCAGCUUUCUGUUCAACUGUUCCUUGUUGGACUGGAGAUUUGGACCAAAGGCAAUCUUAUAAACAUUACUAACUCUGUAAACAAGGCACUUUCAGACUUUAACAAAUGGCGAAAAACAGACCUAUAUCCACGGAUGCGCCAUGAUGUUGCUCACUUAUUUGCAUUUCAGGGCUUUGGAAAAAGCCUGGGAUUGGCAUAUCUGGGGUCCAUAUGUGACAGGCAGUGGUCAGCAGCAGUUGAUUCCUUCACCAACAGGAGGCUGUCUUCAUUUAUUGUCACAUUUGUCCAUGAGCUGGGCCAUAAUCUUGGGAUGCGUCAUGAUGAACGGCACUGUAAAUGCAGGCGGAAGAGGUGCAUUAUGUACGAAAGUGAAUCUGACACCGACGCAUUCAGUGACUGCAGUUACAAAGACUACUUUGAUCUGCUUGGGAGUGGUGGUAGCUGCCUGCGUCAAUCACCAGCACUUGGCAGCUACUAUACUCUGAAGCGUGAAUACUGCGGGAAUAAGAUAGUAGAAAGUGGAGAGCAGUGCGACUGUGGUUCAAAAUCAGACUGCAGAAACGAUCCUUGUUGUCACCCUAACUGCACGUUGACUGAAGGUUCAGUUUGUGCUUCUGGAAAAUGUUGCAAGGGCUGUCAGAUCCUUCCAGCAGGAACACUCUGCAGAGCACGUACCGGUAACUGCGACCUGCCGGAGUACUGCAAUGGGACCUCGCCUUGGUGCAAGCCAGACCUGUAUGUACAAGAUGGAGCCCCUUGCGAAGAUGGUGCCUAUUGCUACAAAGGAAAAUGUUCUUCCCACGGUAAACAAUGCAAGCAUCUUUUUGGCAAACAAGCCAGGCCCGCUCCUUUAGAUUGCUUCAAAGAAGUGAAUAGUCGAGGUGACCGUUUUGGAAAUUGUGGUAUUCGUAACGGUAUUCAUUUUACUAAGUGCAGUGUUGAGGAUGCCUUAUGUGGUAGGCUACAGUGUGAAAAUAUACCCAAGUUGCCCUCUUUGCAGAACCACAUAACAGUCAUCCAAACCCCUGCCAGAGGUAAAAAGUGUUGGGGUCUUGACUAUCACACAGGGAUGCCUGUAGCUGACUUGGGGGCUGUGGAAGAUGGCACGAGGUGUGGCAGCAACAAGAUUUGUAUUGACAGGACAUGUACCGAUAUUUCAGUGCUGAAUUAUGAUUGUAACAUAACAAAGUGCCAUAACAGAGGAGUGUGUAACAAUCUUAGGAACUGUCACUGCGAGUAUGGUUGGGCUCCUCCAUAUUGUGAGCGGGAAGGAUUUGGAGGUAGCAUCGACAGCGGGCCCCCUCCAUCCAAGCAGCUUUUUCGGAGGUCAAGAAUAGGAGUAGUUGGCCUUGUUUUUCCUGUUGUUCUUGGAGUUAUUCUUGUCAUAUAUUAUAAAAAGGAAAUAGGGGAAUGGUUUAUGAGGAUAAGGCCUGAUUCCACAGAAGGAGUUAGUGGUUGUUUCAAAUACUGCAAAUGCCAGUAGUUGCUAUAUAACACCUACUGCUGAGACAAAAUCUACUACCGUGCACUUCGCAAAGACCAACAAAGCUCUGGCUUUGGAUGCUCCUAAGAAAAUCUCCUAAGGAAGUCAGCAGAGCCCGCUGAUACCUUAUUGAAAUAAUUCAACACAUUCUGAGUUGUUAUAAUCCAAUACAGCAUUGUGAAACAGAUUAAAUGUUAUCUCUGUUUAUUUUAAGUUAAUAAAUGCAGGCAAUAAGGUAUGCUGCUCUCGGUUUGUACCUUGGGUUCUUAAAAAUGAAGCGCUCAGUGAGCGGUGAGUAUGCAGUGUAUGUACUGCUGGGUCCUCCAGAGAAGUGCUGUGGAUUUUACUGCUGCAAGAACAAGCAAUCUAUGAGGCUGCACAAGUUCAGUGCACUUCUAAAAUAGGGCUGUUCUGCAGCUCUCCUAGCCUCACAACUCCUGUGCUAUUUGACAGAUGCUUUAUAUCUGCCUACCUCGGUGCCUUUCUCUUGUUUUACUCUGUGAUUGCUUUGGGGACUGUUAGCAAAUAUGCUGCCAAAGCUCUACAACGUGUCGCACAGAAGCAUUUCUUUUAAUAAGAUGUAAAACGUGUCAUUUAUGAGAAAGCAUGAGGGAUCUGGGAACACCGUUCAGUGCUUUAUUGUGUGCAUUAAAGCAAUGUCUAGAACUCUAACGCAGCAGAAAGAAGACGCUGUAUUUUAACAGUGAGAGUUUUAUUCUGAAGGAGGGGCAUUUCUGUAGGAAAGGCCGUAAAACAGUUCACUUGUCUGCUAGCUGAACAAUCGUUGCUGUUGCUGAUUG